ACAGUGAAGAUGAGGGUAUUGGUAAGAAAGAAAAGAAGAAGAAGAAGCUGACCAAGAAGAAGAAGAAGAAGAAGAAGACAGUAGGUGUUGGGAUGGACUCCAGCUCGUCGUCCUCUUCAUUUUCCUCCUGCUCUUCUUGCUCUUCCAGUAGCUCCUCUGACAGUGACAGUGAGGAUGAAAAGAAGAUGAAGAAGUUGAAGAUAAAGAAAGUAAAGUAUGGCAGAAUAUAUGUCUGGGACCCUAAUAUCAUUCCUUAUGAAGUUUCAGACAGCCCGGUGGGACUGCAGAUUGCAGAUGGGCUGAAGGUGGAAGCGGAUCUGAGCUCAUCAGACGAGGAGGAUGAGAAGAAGAAGAAGAAGAAAAAGAAGAAGAAAAAGGACAAAAAGAAGAAGAAGAAAARGAAGGACUCCAGCUCCUCCUCAUCCUCUUCUUCUUCUGAUAGUGAGGAUGACAAGAAAAAGAAGAAAAAAAAGAAGAAGAAAAAGAAGAAGAAGAAGGACUCUAGUUCUUCUGAAAGCUCCUCUUCAUCAUCAUCAUCAUCAUCCUCAUCUUCUGACAGUGAUGAUGACAAGAAGAAAAAAAAGGACAAGAAAAAGAAGAAAAAGAGAGAUAAGAAAAAGGACUCCAGCUCUUCAUCCUCAUCUUCAGACAGUGAGAAAAAGAAGAAGAAGAAGAAGGAGAAGAAGAAGAAGGAGAAGAAGAAGAAGGAGAAGAAGAAGAAGGAGAAGGAUGAGAAAAAGGCCAAAGCACAUGAACCCACCACCACUGCAAAGAAAGCCCAAGAAUGCGAUGUGUAUGGUGAAGAGGCUGGGGAGCCGAGUGCUGAUGGAGAUGAGAAAAAGAAGGCCACAGAGAGCCAGGCUGCAGAAGAGGGGACAGUUUCCUCCACGGUGGCAGCAGGGACAGUGGAGGCUUUUCCUGAUCGUAUUGAAGAUGAUCAGCUGAGUGAUGAUGAGGGAGGACACAAGGAGAAGGAGAAGAAGAAGAAGCUGAAGAAGAAGAAAAAGAAGAAG